GCCUCCCCUCCCCUGUCCUGCCCUGGCCUAAACCCUUGGUCAGAGAUCACCGGGCUGGAAACCAGAAACUCUGCAACCCCUCGGAAGAGGAGUCCUUGUGGAGGGUGACUUUUACCGGUCCGGUCACUUUAGUCCUUUUCUGGAGUCCAGCUGGAUGGCUCUUUUAAGAAGCAUUUUUGGGAAAGCCCUUGGAGGGCUUAAUUACAAUAGCCACAGCUGCCCCAGACCCUAAACACAGGGAACAUUUCUGAGGAAGAGGGGAUCCAGAAGGAGAGGCAAGGCCGAAGAACCACCUAGACCUGGAGCCUGGGGCUUAGACCCAUGGCUUCCUUGAGCUGGGCCAGCGGCCUUGCCCUUACCUGCCCCGAUUUGGGCCUUUUAGUGUGGAGGAACCGCUGCCACCCAGGAAGCUCCCUAAGCUUUCAGGGCUAACUGGAGCCUCAGAGGCAGCUCUGGGUGCCAGUUUCUUCGUGGCCCUACAGCCACAGGCUGACGCAUCGCAUGCACUGCUGUCUCCUGCCUUCCUCCUUUCGCAGACCAUGCCGUCCAUCAGCAGUGACCGUGCAGCGCUGUGCGCCGGCUGUGGGGGGAAGAUUUCUGACCGCUACUACCUGCUGGCUGUGGACAAGCAGUGGCACAUGCGCUGCCUGAAGUGCUGCGAGUGCAAGCUCAACUUGGAGUCGGAGCUCACCUGUUUCAGCAAGGACGGCAGCAUCUACUGCAAGGAAGACUACUACAGCCCCUCCCUCCGUGGUCCCCACAGGCGGUUCUCUGUUCAACGAUGUGCCCGCUGCCACCUGGGCAUCUCAGCCUCGGAGAUGGUGAUGCGCGCUCGGGACUUGGUUUAUCACCUCAACUGCUUCACGUGCACCACAUGCAACAAGAUGCUGACCACCGGUGAUCACUUCGGCAUGAAGGACAGCCUGGUCUACUGCCGCUUGCACUUCGAGGCGCUGCUGCAGGGCGAGUACCCGGCGCACUUCAACCAUGCCGACGUGGCAGCGGCCGCAGCCGCGGCCGCCGCUGCCAAGAGUGCGGGGCUGGGUGCAGCGGGGGCCAACCCGCUGGGGCUUCCCUACUAUAAUGGCGUGGGCACUGUGCAGAAGGGGCGGCCGAGGAAGCGCAAGAGCCCGGGCCCAGGGGCGGAUCUGGCAGCCUACAAUGCUGCGCUAAGCUGCAAUGAGAACGACGCAGAGCACCUGGACCGCGACCAGCCCUACCCCAGCAGCCAGAAGACGAAGCGCAUGCGCACCUCCUUCAAGCACCACCAGCUUCGGACCAUGAAGUCUUACUUUGCCAUUAACCACAAUCCUGACGCCAAGGACUUGAAACAGCUCGCGCAAAAGACCGGCCUCACCAAGCGGGUCCUCCAGGUCUGGUUUCAGAACGCCCGGGCCAAGUUCAGGCGCAACCUCUUACGGCAGGAAAACACGGGUGUGGACAAGACCACAGAUGCAGCGCUGCAGACGGGGACGCCCUCGGGGCCGGCCUCCGAGCUCUCCAACGCCUCGCUCAGCCCCUCCAGCACGCCCACCACCCUCACAGACUUGACGAGCCCCACCCUGCCGACUGUGACGUCCGUCUUAACUUCUGUGCCUGGCAACCUGGAGGGCCACGAGCCCCACAGUCCCUCACAAACGACUCUUACCAACCUUUUCUAAUGACUCGCGGCCCCCUAGCCCCAUGAUUUCUUUAAAAAAGAAAUUAUCUCUAGUUGAAUUCCAAGUGUAUUUUAAAAUAGAGGCUUUGAGCAACUAACUAACCACAUUUAGGAUCUCGCCUGGAAUCAGAGGAAAAAAAAUACUAAUUGCGCGUCCAGCUAAUGCAGCGGUGUGCACUGAGGAAUUACUUGGAAGAUCUAUACGCAACACAACAUUUGUGUCUCUGUACAGUUUUGUGGACUGAGCGAGGAAAAACAACAAAUAAUUUAAGUUGGCUAGAGCUUCUGUAUUUUCAAAGACUGCCACGUGCCUUAGGAAUACUGUUUUAUCCAUACUUGGGAUGACUUGUUCAUUUUUCUCUCCCUCUUUUUCUCUGUAUAUUUAUGACCAGAGCAAAAAUGUAAAAAACA